CGCCGUCACAUGAUCACGCUGGGAGAGAAACAGGAAAUCAUGUGUUGUUUAGAGCGGUAGCCGAUGCUGUAACUCCCGUUUUCGAUCAUGUCUCUGUCCAAAAGCAGCUUGUCUUUGCUUUUAUUCAUUCUCAGUAUUUCUACUAUUGCGUUAAGCGACGGGUUAAACCUCACCGCUUCACAUUCAGCGGACAAACUGAAACAAAUUCCGUCGUUGAACCGGGCAGCUGCUGCUGUUGAGGUGAACUCUCCCGUGUUUAGACCUGCGGUGGAGCACAUCUUCUCCCUUAACCUGCUGUCCUCUUUCCCCGGAGACCUGGAGAUCAGCGACUACUGCAGAGAGCUGCUCAACAUAUUCGGACAGCGGUACGUCGCCUAUGUGUCGUGCCUGGUGCCCGCUGCCCGUCCUGUUACAGUCUGCCAGAAAUGUUUCUCCGCCUUCGGCAGCCUCAGGGGAGCCUAUGCGAACCUUUCAUCGGAGAGUGGUCCAGGUAACGUGAGCUGCAGUGAAAGCCUUCUGCGAGGUGACCGGCUCAUGGUGGUCAAUCAGCUGAACAGCAGCAUGGAGGAGCUGUGGCUCAAUGCAGCCUGUGACAACUGUGUCACUAAAGGACUGCAGAGGCUGACCGACGACAUGCUGUACUUCAUGAACACCCUCAACCAAACUGACGACUGCUUCGACAAGUACCGACAGGGGAACCACACAGAGCUGUGCAAAAACUGUAAGAACACAUACCAAGGGCUGAACGAGCUGUACGGCAGGAUGGAGAAGAAUCAGACUUUGUGCAUCGACAUAGAGGAUUCGAUGAACAUGACCCGCAGACUGUGGAGUAAGUAUUACAACUGCACCGUCCCCCGUGAGGAGACGGUGCCUGUCAUCGCCGUGUCCAGCUUCAUGCUCUUUCUGCCCAUCAUCUUCUACUUGAGCAGCUUCCUUCACUCGGAACAAAAGAAACGCAAGCUCAUACACCCCAAACGGGCGAAGUCAUACACCAGUCUGAUGAACAUCCAGGACAAACUGGGCUGAAGAGGACAUGAGUAACGACAAACCCUGAGGAUGACGUCCUUUAAUUUAAAGUUACGACCUGGGAGAAGAUGUGACUUCUGACUGCAUUGUGCCUGAAGUUUGACAGUCCUCCAUUAACGUAAAGGACUCAAAUCUGUGUUUCCUGUUUUUUUUCCCCAGGAGGCUGUGAUACCUAUUGGUAAUCGGGGGUACUAAAAGGAUCGAUAACUUGAAAGUGAAAUGCUUUGGGCACACAAGACAUUUGCUUUCAUAUCCGCAAAACCGUCUUUUCAAAAUGUAGUUAAUGGCUUUGGAAGAUAUAAAACAAGGGUCAUGUAAAAACAAACAAAAUGGUUUGCACUCUGACGUUUAAAUCCACUUUUCACUGACAUAGAUUAAGAUCAGCUGUUUUUGGUGACAUCUGUGUUGGAAUCAAAGUAUAUCUUGCUUCAUAAACUACUAAUCAGAUGCUUGUUCGUGCGGCUAAUAUACGCUGGUCAUCCACACACAGAUCCUGGCCUCUUUCCUUUCAACUCGUUAACGAUCUUCAGGUGUCACUGAAAAGAAUGAGUGGCUUGUGUGUGUGCGUGCGUGCGUGUGUGUGCGCGCACUCGUGUGUGUGUGUGUGUGUGUGUGUGUGUGUGUGCGCGCGCACGCUCUAUUUAUGGGUUGAGAAAUGGGUUUUUCUGUCUCUAAUGUAUGUUCCAAAAAGAGCUGCAAAAAGGAAGCACUUGAUGUCCAUUAGUGGUGACAUGUAUCUGCUGUAAGAAGGGGUGGGGGGAUGGGGGUGCACAUCAGUGGGGUGGGGGGCUCGGAGUAAAUAAAGACAUAACCCACAUAAUGUAAGAGCACUCCAAAGUACCACACUGUGAUGUUACCUGUGUUCCAGUCAGUGUUCUUUGUUGGUCGCAUAAAGCUUUUAAUGCGCCCUGUUGUUGUCGUUUUCCACUGAUGUUUAACUUAAUUUGUUAAAGGGGUUUAUGACUGCUCAUGGCAGCAAAGUCUCCUUUAUGAGUUGUGAGUGCUGAAUUGAUUAAUUUGCCUAUUAGAUACGCAUUUGCUGCGAGGUAACUUAAACCUAUUAUCAUGAAUGCAUAAGAAUGAAUAAAUAUUUGUAAUUCAGAAACA